AUUGGCAUAACUAUGGAUAUACUAUAAUGAGUCUGACUCAUGGAAGAAAUCACCUGCUAGUACAAAUUGCAAAAUGGUUUGUAUAGUAUGAAAAGCUUUUUGGGCGCUUGUCUGACUAUAACCUAUGUGUCACUAAUGCAAUGAAGGAAGAUCUAUGGGAGAAGUGCAACAUAAAGGCAAUAACUCUUUAUGACAAGCCAGCUUCUUAUUUUAAGGAAACACCUUUAGAACUUCAACAUCAGUUGUAUAUGAAGCUCGCCAAAGUCUAUGAACCUUUUAAAGAACAGUAUGUUACAGAGUCUGUCAGUUCGAGUGCUGAGAGGUCUGCCUUUACAGAAAUGGAUCAUAAAAGUGGAUGUGUGACAAAAGCCAGAGGACGGCCAGCUCUUCUAAUCAGCAGCACAAGCUGGACAGAGGAUGAGGAUUUUUCUGUCCUUUUAAAAGCAUUAGAAGAUUAUGAAAAGUUUAUCAAUGAGGGAAUCAAGCUGCCGUCUUUAGUAUGUGUAAUAACAGGCAAAGGACCUCUAAAAGAGUACUACAACCAACUGAUCGAUAAACUGCAUUUCAAGCAUAUCCAGAUCUGUACACCAUGGCUUGAAGCGGAGGAUUACCCUCUUUUGCUUGGCUCAGCAGAUUUAGGUGUGUGUCUCCAUAAAUCAUCCAGUGGGUUGGAUUUACCCAUGAAGGUGGUAGAUAUGUUUGGCUGUUGUUUACCUGUAUGUGCAAUACACUUUGAAUGUUUACAUGAACUUGUGAAACACAAUGAAAAUGGUCUGAUAUUUAGGGAUUCAAAUGAACUUGCAGAACAGCUGAAGAUGCUUUUCUUGGAUUUUCCUACACUGCAAGGCAAGCUUGAAAAUUUCAGAAGAAAUCUUCAGGCAUCCAAGCAGCUGCGCUGGGAUGAGAGCUGGGACCAGACUGUCCUUCCCUUGUUUCAGCAGAAUGAAUGACUUUUGUGGGGGAAGGA